GGGAGGGAGCGGGAGGCCGGAUGUGAGCGGAGCGGCCAUUUCCUGUUUCUCUGCAGUUUCCCUCAGCUUUGGGUGGUGGCCGGGUUUGUGUGCUCCGCUCUCCAGUCGGCGGCGGUCAGUCGAGCGCCCCCCCCCCCCCGCCACCGCUCCCCAGGCGGCGUGGACAGCGGUGCCGUGCCGUUCCCUCCGCGCGCGCGCGUGUGUGCGUCCGUCCGCCCGCCCGCCCGCCCGCCCGCGCGCCCUCCGCUUCCUGCCCCCCCGCCGCCUCAGCGACCGGCCGCCGCGGCGCAGCGAGCGGCCCAGAUGCAGGCCAUCAAGUGUGUGGUGGUGGGAGACGGAGCUGUAGGUAAAACUUGCCUACUCAUCAGUUAUACAACCAAUGCAUUUCCUGGAGAAUAUAUCCCUACUGUCUUUGACAACUAUUCUGCCAAUGUUAUGGUAGAUGGAAAACCAGUUAAUCUGGGUUUAUGGGAUACAGCUGGACAAGAAGAUUAUGACAGACUGCGUCCCCUCUCCUAUCCACAAACAGAUGUUUUCUUAAUCUGCUUUUCCCUUGUGAGUCCUGCAUCAUUUGAAAAUGUCCGUGCAAAGUGGUAUCCAGAAGUGCGACACCACUGUCCCAACACUCCCAUCAUCCUUGUGGGAACAAAGCUUGAUCUUAGGGAUGAUAAAGACACGAUCGAGAAACUGAAAGAGAAGAAGCUGACUCCCAUCACCUACCCACAGGGACUAGCCAUGGCCAAGGAGAUCGGUGCUGUAAAAUACCUGGAGUGCUCAGCGCUCACACAGCGCGGCCUCAAGACAGUAUUUGAUGAAGCUAUACGAGCUGUUCUGUGUCCACCUCCUGUGAAGAAGAGGAAGAGAAAAUGCCUGCUGUUGUAAUUGUCUGAGUUCCUGUUCUUGGUCCUGUCCUCCGGAACCUUUGUACGCUUUGCUCAAAAAAAAAAAACAAAACAAAAACAAAAACAAAAAAAAAAAACAGUGGAGCCUUCGCAUUCGAUGCCAAGUUUUUGUUACAGAUUACUUUUUCCAUAAAACCAUUUUGAACCGAUCAAUAAUUUUAAGGUUUUGUUUUAAAUGUAAGAGUUGAAACUUACAUUCUAUUAAAAUUUAGCCCUAAAAUGACAAGCCUUCUUAAAGCCUUAUUUUUCAAAAGCCCCUAUUCUUGCUCAGAUUAAGAGUUGCCAAAAUACCUUCUGAACUAAGUUGCGCUGUGCUAAGAACACUGAGCACUCACCUGCCGAGACGUUAGUCUGUGAGAAGACUGCAGCUUCUGGGUCAGGAGGUGCAGACCCUCCCAAGGAGCACGCAGCCCGGCCUCCUUAACGACAUGUUGCCAUGUAAUGCAUCUGUAACUUACCAGCCCAUGUUCAUUACAUAACUUUGUACUGUAUGUCAUAGUGAGUGAGUGUAAUACAACAGCUUAGCUCUGGAUCAGUCUUUCUGAUUUCCUAGUGAGUUUUCUAAAGUAUCAGUUGACUAGCUUUUGCGGAGACUUUGAACAGAACUCUUGUUCCUGUCUCCUCUAAUGAAGUAUUUCUGUUCCUAGUUGUGGGUGUGUUGGAUGGAGUGUGUGAAGCACGACGUGAUCAAAGGAUAAAGGCAGUAUUUUGACAAAAUACAAAAUGGAAAUUUUACACUACAUUGUACAUGGAGUAAUUCAACUGAAUAAAAGUGUCACGGGUAAAGGUUUUUAAUGGUUAAUUUCUGUCAAAUGCAGAUGAUGAAGAAAGGUCGGUAUUAUCAGUGUCUUAUCUUAAGCUUUUCCUUUCUCCUACACUUAAUCAUUUCUCCCCUAAAUUGAUCAUCUAGUUCAUUUUUAAACUGGUCAUUCCCAUAGUUGCUAACUUAGUGCUUCUCUUCUAGAACUCCUUAAAUGAGCAGAUGCCUCCUACUUGUACUAGAAGAUCUUUCGGAGAACACACUAGUUUUUUUGUAGAUUAGUGAAAGUGCAUUCCUGUUUUCAUGUUACUUUAUUCAAAGCUAACAAAGUGCUUUCCUUAGUUUUCUAGUAACCAGGUGUAAAAAUCAUGUGUUGCAGCUUUACAGUUUUUAAGAUAUUUUAGACAAACUAUGAACCUUAACAUCACUGUCUUGCCAGAUUACCAACACACUGUCACCUGACUAAUACUGACCCUCUUUACCUCGCCCACACGGACACAUGCUUCCUGUCGUGGCUUUGCCUAACAAUGUUCCUUUGGGUCUGUGAACUGCUAGUGCUAACAAUGUUCUGUACAACUUAACUCACUGGCAAGAACACAAUGUUUGGACCUUUCAACCACUAGAACAAAAUUUUUUAAAUUGACAGUUGCAGAAUUGUGGAGUGUUUUUACAUUGAUCUUUUGCUAAUGCAAUUAGCAUUAUGUUUUGCAUGUAUGACUUAAUAAAUCCUUGAAUCAUA